AAGGUAAUAACUUUAAAGACAGCUUGGAAUAAUGGGAUGUUUUACUAUUGCUAAAAUGUAUCCCUACAGUAUGAUUGUGAGAAAUAUUCCCUCAGCUUCAACAAAAAUGUCCAUGGUGCCAGACUGGGGAAGCAUACCAGAAUGAGUAUUGAUUCUGGAAGUACAGGGAGAAUUCACAGGGAAAAUUGUAGCUCUUGAGACUUCCGGAGGAAGAAAUGGCAGAUUGAAGGCAGCCCCAUAAAAAGUGGAGCUAAUGAUCAUAGUGAAGAAUGAAGAGUCAGUGAAAUGGACUGACUCUUUGAACUUCUCCAGACAAAGAGAGGAUGGGAGAUCACCCAUGGUGCUCCAGACCACUGCUACUCCCAAAGAGGCUGCAAGACUGGCGGGUUUUCAGCACUGAGAGAUGAAGGAAUAGCCAUCUUGCUUAAAUUGCAGUAGUGCCUUUAAAAGACACUAAGUUCAUAUAGUUCCUUUUCUAAUCACAUUUGGAAAUUGCUUAUGAGGAAUGUGAAAAUAUGAGAACGUGGCUGUGAACUGGACUCCACAGUCUGAAAUGAUCCCCUUGGGCUCCCCAUGCAGCUUAUGAUGGCUUCUGUUUAUACUUCAAAUAAAACAAUCAGAGUUUGUCCUUUCUUCAAUGGCGAUGUGGAAAACCCAGAAGCCAAAACCAGUAUUGCCUGGAUUAGUCCCAAUUUGCCUAGCAGAUGCACUUGGAAACCAGGAAAAUCCAUCUCAGAAUCACCUCAUCGCUAUGUGCCUCAGCAAAAAGAACCAAAGAUUUUGUCAAAUAUCUUAGAGAAAAUUGGACACACUCCUCUGAUCCGAAUCAACAAAAUUUCAAAAGCUUAUGGUCUCAAGUGUGAACUUUUGGCCAAGUGUGAAUAUUUCAAUGCUGGAGGGAGUGUAAAAGAUCGAAUCACUUUAAGGAUGAUAGAGGAUGCAGAAAAAGCUGGUAUCAUAAAACCAGGAGAUACUCUCAUUGAACCUACAUCAGGAAAUACAGGGAUUGGACUGGCUCUUGUAGCUGCAAUGAAGGGUUAUCGCUGUGUCAUUGUCAUGCCAGAGAAAAUGAGUAUGGAAAAGGUAGAUGUUCUGAGAGCACUUGGGGUUGAAAUAAUAAGAACUCCCUGCACCAAGUUUGAUGAUCCAGAAUCCAAUGUUCGUGUUGCGUGGAAACUGAAAAACGAAAUUCCAAAUUCACAUAUUUUGGAUCAGUAUCGAAAUCCAAGUAAUCCAUUGGCACACUAUGAUACCACAGCUGAAGAGCUCUUGGAGCAGUGUGAUGGAAAAAUUGAUAUGUUUGUGGCUGGAGCUGGCACAGGUGGUACCAUCACGGGUGUUGCCAGAAAGUUGAAGGAGAAAUGCCCUGCAUGCAAAAUUGUUGGAGUAGAUCCCGAAGGCUCCAUUGUUGCUUUGCCCAGCUCAUUAAAUACAGUCUCAGCCAAGGAUACAACAAUGGAAGUGGAAGGGAUUGGUCACGACUUUAUCCCAACCGUCCUUGAUAGAUCCGUAAUAGAUCAAUGGUGCAAAAGCAAUGAUAAAGAAUCCUUCCUUAUGGCUCGUAGAUUAAUUAAAGAGGAAGGCUUGCUUUGUGGAGGCAGUGCAGGCAGUGCGAUGUCUGCAGCUGUGAAAGCUGCCAAGCAACUAAAAGAAGGUCAACGCUGUGUUGUCCUCUUACCUGACUCUGUGAGGAACUACAUGUCUAAGUUUUUGAAUGACAAAUGGAUGGCCCAGAAUGGAUUUCUAAAAGAUGUUCAGGAACAUUAUCCUUGGUGGUGGAAUAUUAAAGUUCAGAAGCUGAAUCUUUCUGCUCCUCUGAUUCUUCUCUCAGAUAUGAACUGUCAAAAAGCAGUUGAAAUCCUGCAAGAAAAGUCAUGCAAUCAAGCACCAGUUGUUGCAGAAUCAGGUGUCAUCAUGGGAAUUGUAACUAUUACCAACAUCCUCUCCUCGAUCCUGGCAGGAGAUGCACAGUUCUCAGAUCCAAUCAUAAAAGUCACUUAUCAACAAUUUCCAAAGAUUAAUCUGGAUGAUACCCUGGGAAAGCUUUCACGUGUCCUGGAAACUGAACAAUUUGCUGUUAUAGUGCAUGAAGUGGAGCAAUACAAUGCAAUUUCCUUGAUGAAACAGAUGGUAUUUGGUGUGGCCACAGCUGUUGAUCUGCUCAACUUUAUUACACCAAAGAACAAACCUCAAGAUCUAAAUGCAUCACUCACAUCUGUUUAUGAAAGGACUUUUCCAGAAUUGGGAAAAAAUAACUACGAUGUUUAACUUAAUGGUUUACAAUAUGGCAGGGGUGUCUGCACGGGUAGUCAAAAAAGUUAAGAUGGCAGCUGUGAUGUGGUGACACACAUAUACCCCAAGAGGAGUUUCAAUCACUCUAUCAGGGCUGCCAUCUUGAUUUCUUUACU